AUGGCGCCGCAUCCAUUCGACCCCGUGACGCCUGCUGAGCUCAAGCUGGCUGUCAAGAUCCUCGAGGACGCCUUUCCGGGAGUUCCUUUACGGUACAAGGUUAUUGAUGUUCAGGAGCCCAUCAAGAAGGAUGUCGUGCCUUAUAUCGAGGCGGAGAGAUUAUGUGUCUCCCUGCCCAAGAAGCCUGCUCGUCUCCUCAUGGCCAUGUUCCAUCGACUGGAUACGAAGAGCUUGAUGAAGGCGCUGGUUAAUGUUGAUACGCGGGUUAUCCUAUAUGCAAAGGAGAUCCCCAAGGAUAUACAGGGCCCUUAUGACCCUGAUGAGCUGAUCGAGGUGGAGCAACUCUGUUUGGAGCAUCCUGCUGUUAAAGCUGAAAUUGAGAAGCUGAAGCUUCCCCCAGGCGUGACUGUUAUUACUGACCCAUGGAUCUAUGGAACCGAUAACCAAGACGAAACCCGCCGUCUGGUUCAGUUUUACGUGUAUCUUGUCGAUACAGAAGACCCUCAGCAUAACCACUACUCCCUGCCAUGCGCUUUCUCCCCGGUAUUUGACGGUAAUACCAAGGAACUAGUCCGCAUUGACUACCUACCUACCGGCUCUGAUCAUUCUACUCAGCCUACCCAGCCUUGGAAGCCCGUUAAGGCUGUCCAGUAUGCCCAUAGUCUUUUGGAUGAGCCUACUCGAACAGAUCUCAAACCUUACAUUGUACAGCAGCCUGAAGGCCCUUCAUUCUCCGUAAAUGGGAACUUUGUGCAUUGGCAAAAGUGGAGAUUCCAUGUCGGAUUCAAUUAUCGCGAAGGGAUGGUACUCUAUGGUGUGACCUAUGACAGACGCAACGUUUUCUACCGCCUUGCAGUGAAUGAAAUGACUGUUCCUUAUGGAGAUCCACGGGCGCCAUAUCACCGUAAACAGGCAUUUGAUAUCGGGGAUGUUGGUUUUGGAGUUACGGCCAAUCAGCUAUCCCUGGGCUGUGACUGCCUCGGCCAUAUUAAAUAUUUCGAUGGCUACAGGAUCGACUCCAAGGGAAAUCCAGUCCUUUUGGAGAACGUUCUCUGUCUACAUGAACAGGACAAUGGAAUUCAGCAUAAACACACCAACUACCGUUCCCAGGCGGCUACCGUGGUCCGAAACCGUCAGCUUGUUUUGCAAAUGAUCUGCACAGUUGCAAACUACGAGUACAUAUUUGCCUGGAUAUUCGAUCAAGCAGGAAACAUCGAGCUUGAAGUCAAGGCUACAGGUAUAUUGUCCACCAUGCCCAUUGAUGACGGAGUAUCUGUCCCAUUCGGUACCAACGUGGCUCCGGGAGUCAUGGCUGCCUACCAUCAGCAUAUAUUCAGCGUGCGCAUUGACCCAGCCAUCGAUGGCUACAACAAUACCGUAAUAUACCAAGACAGUGUACCAAUGCCAGAUGACCCGAAGACAAAUCCUUACGGUGUAGGGUACGUCCAGGAAACCAAGGUCAUCAAGCGUUCAACUGCAGCCGACCUUAGCGUCCCCGACGCCCGCGUUUUCAAAAUAAGAAACGACAAUAUCAUCAACCCCAUAUCCGGCAAGCCGGUUGCCUACAAACUGCAUGCAUUGCCCAGCCAGCUCAUGCUUAUGCAUCCACGCAGCUUCAGCGUGAAACGAGCCCAAUUCGCUACUCGGCCAAUAUGGGUGACCAAGUACCAUGAAGAGGAGCUAUACGCUGCUGGCGAAUUCACUAACCAAAGCAAGGAAAGCUCUGGUGUUGAGCAAUGGGUUGCUCGAGAUGAAAACGUCGAAAACACAGAUGUUGUUCUCUGGCAUACCUUCGCACUUACGCAUAAUCCCCGACCAGAAGACUUCCCGGUUAUGCCUAUGGAGAAGGUCAGCAUCAUGCUCAGGCCGGAUGGCUUUUUCGAGAAAAACCCUGCUCUAGACGUCCCACAGUCAACGCAGGAUUUCAACAAGUCUUCUCUACAUGCUAGCCCCGAAAAGAAUGAAGCCAAACCCUGCCCAUGCCCAUCUACCUCGAAGCUCUAG